AUGAAGCCAUUAAUUAUUUAUCACAUCCUAACGCGGCAGGAAAAUGGCUUCCGGGAAGGUGACUUUAAAGUCAUCAAUAAACUUGUCCAACAUGUCAUUAACACUUUCAGCACUCCGUAAGCCCUCACUAGCUGCAGUUAUUAUCACCUGGACGUCCCUCUGUCCUGGAUUAUAGUUCCACUUCCCCUUCACAAAAUGUACCAGACCCUGGGGACAUAUACAGUAGGUGGGCUAACUCAUGAAAUGCCAACCAAAAUUACGAUAUGCGUUUUCGUUUCGAAAAGAUUAAUUAAGUAGGAUUGCAAAACUAGUCAGCCUGCAACAUAAUUCUAUAGCAUUUCAGUUACCGCAGGAUGCCGGCUUUAGAAUGAACUUCUUUCCGGCUGCAUGCAAAAACAACACUCAGUAAAAAAUCAGCAUGCGUUUUUCUCGUUGACUUUCGAUGCUCCUAAAAGUUCAAUUAUAUUUCGUGGAAAACAUGCGUAAAAAUAUCCAUUCUUUCUCUUAUUCCAAUUUUAUAUUCGAAGGAGGGAUAUAAUUCGGUUUUCAAAAGGUUUCCAAUUGUGGGACUUUUGAAUACCGUGAAAUGACCGUUCAUAAAACAUUAUGUCUCUGCAUUUACCAAUGUGGUUGGUAAAGUUAACAAUAUGGUUCAAAUCCUCUGCUAAAUUUUAUGAACCCUAUAUGGUCUCCCUUUAUUACCGUAGAUAAAUGUAUGGUUUUCCGUACGCGGAAGAUAUACGGCUUGUAAUUUGGAGGCCCAGAAUCCAAAUGUAACGGUAGAGCGAGUUCAAAAUUAUUCGGGAAUAAGAAAAGUUUUUGAAAACCGAAUUAUACCCUUCCUUCGAGUAUAAGAUUGGAAGAGGACGUAAGUUUCUGCCGAAUUAUCAAAAGAAUGAAUAUUUUUGUGCAUGUUUUCCAUAAAAUAUAAUUGGACUUUUGGAGGCAUCGAAAAUCAAUGAGAAAAAUGCAUGCAACUUGGGUAGUCAUUUUUUCCGAAGGUGGUUUUUGCAUGUAGCCGGAAAAAAUUCGUUCGAAAGCCGGCAUCGCGAGAUAACGGAAUUGUUAGAGAAUUAUGUUGCAGGCUGACUAGUUUUACAGCCCUACUUAAUUAACCGUUUCAAAUCGAAAACGCAUUUCGGAAUUUCAGUUGACAUUUCAUGAGUUAGCACGCCGAAUGUAAACGUCCCCUAGGACCGUAAGACGACUUUAAUGACUGAAUGCGCAGGUACGACGAGUGCCUCGCACACCUGAAUAGCACUGUCCCUUCCAUCUACUAAGUAAUUUUGCGCAGAUACGGUCGGAAAUCUGCGAUCAGGUAGAAUUUUAUUCGGGUCCGGGUUUCUUAGCGUUAUUUCUUUGAUUGGUUGUUCAACUUGCAAGGUGGGUACAGUGAGCAUUUAUUGACCCUACGCACCCGUGUUUUCACCAAUGAACUUCUUUUCGGGUGCACGCAGAAACCACACUUUGCAAAAAAUGAUUACCCAAGUACCAUGAAUUUUUAUCAUUGAUUUUCGAUGCCCCUAAAUGUCCAAUUAUAUUUCAUGGAAAACGUGCAUAACAAUAUUCAUUCUUUUUCUCAUUCGGUAGAAAAUUACGUCUUCUUCUAAUUUUAUACUCGAAGGAAGGAUAUAAUUCGGUUUUCAAAAACGUUUCCAAUUCCCGAAUAAUUCUGAACCCCACCUGCCGUUUCACUUGAAUUCAGGGUUUCCAAACACAGGCCGUCUAUUUUCCGCGUACGGAAAACCAUGCAUUUCUCUACGGUAAUAACAGGGGACCAUAUAGUGCUCAUAAAAUUUUGCAAUGGAUUUGAUCCAUAUUGUUAACUUUACAAGCCACAUUGGUAAAUGGAGAGAUAUGACGAUUUAUGAACGGCCAUUUCACGGUACCGAAUUAUGUCCCUCCUCUGAGUAUAAAAUUAGAAGAAGACGUAAUUGUCUACCGAAUGCGUAAAAGAUUGAAUUUAUUUAUGCAGGUUUUCUAAGAAAUAUAAUUAGACUUUUAGGGACAUCGAAAAUCAAUGAGAAAAAUUCAUGCUACAUAUGGAUCAAAUCCGCUGCUAAAUUUUAUGAACCCUGCAUGGUCCCCUUUUAUUACCGUAGAGAAAUGUGUGGUUUUCCGUACGCGGAAAAUAUACGGCUUGUAGUUUGGCAAUCCUGAAUGCAAGUGUAACGGCAGAUUGUGUUCAAAAUUAUUCGGGAAUUGGAAGCGUUUCUGACAACCAAAUUAUACCCUUCCUUCGAGUACAAAAUUAGAAGAAGACGCAAUUGAAUACCGAAUGAGCAAAAGAAUGAAUAAUUUCAUGCAUGUUUUCCAUGGAAUAUAAUUGGGCUUUUAGGGCUAUCGAAAAUCAAUGAGAAAAAUUUAUGUUACAUAAGUAGUCAUUUUUCACAGUGUGUAGUUUUUGCAUGCAGCCGGAGGGAAGUUCAUCCGAAAGCCGGCAUUCUGCGGUAACUGAAACACUAUAGAAUUAUGUUUCAGGCUGACUAGUUUUACAACACUACGUAGUUCAUCUUUUUGAAAGAAAAACGCAUUUCGGAAUUUCGGUUGACAUUUCAUGAGUUAGCCCACCUACCGUAUACGUCCCCUAGGACCGUAAGACGACUUUUGUGACUGAAUGCGCAAUUUCGACAAGUGUCUUGCACACCUGAGUAGCAGUGUUCUUUCCAUUUUGCUCAGAUACGAUCGGGAGUCUGCGAUCAGGUAGGAGUUCGCUCGCGUCCGCGUUUCUUUGAGUUAUUUCUCUGAUUGGCUCUUCAGCUUGCAAGGUGGGUAAAGUGAGCACUAAUUAUCGCACACACCCGUGGUUUAACCAAUACUUGAGGUUUUAUACAAUUCUUUCGACCGAUUAAUAUUCGUAAGCGCUUGCUACCUUUGGUUGCCCUCAGUUUUCCCUAAUGCAUGUGGAGUGUUCCGUAGGAGAACAUACUGACGAAGAGUAUGGAGGCUGGGAUGCCUAUUUCGGACUCAUUAGGCCUGCUCUGUCUGGGAUCCAAACCGCGAAUCCUUGGUCAUUGAGUCAAGGGCUCUUUGUCCCAUCGAUCGUGGUCGGCAAUGUUAACUAUGGCGGAGGGGUCGCCCACCGAUCUGGGUUACGGAACAUACUCGUUCCAACGCGCCUUGGGGCUCAAUCUAGAGCCCUCGCAGGCCUAGCAUUUCCCAUAAACCUGGUCGGUGAACGUCUGUCGAAAUGGAGAUCUGACACGAGAGUUCCCAAUGUUCGACAACACGAACAUUCCCAAAUCACUAGUCAGGGAAGACGGAUUUGUUUGGACAAGCUUGACUAAUGUGGAAAGUGUACCGGAGGCUCGGCGAGAAGUUGCCGCAAGCCGUCUCUUCAAGCGUGCUGUUUUUUUUUCGUGUCCCUUGUUUAGGUUCUUUGUCCCCCAGUGAGUGUGGGUCUGAGCUGCGACAGCCUGCAGCCAAUCAGCGAAGGAGCAGCGUCGAUUGGCCCCGAGCUCUCGCGAUGCUGGUGACAAACUCACGCGGUUCUAGCAGUGGAGAAUCGACAGGGAGCACGAGGCGAACAAAAGGGCGGCGAUCAAGUGAGCGGAUCGCCACACAUCUUUCCCCCACAUGAAUAUUCUGCAUUACUCUGCACUUUGGACUUUGUAUGAUGUAAGUAGCGUGUGAAAAGACGGGCGAUUUUGAGAUUUAUUAGUGUUGUUAAAUAUAUCUUGUUUGCUAUAGAGUGGCACCUCCAAAGGGCCAGCGGGGACUAGAUUUGGGGGUCCGGCAGUUGUUACUGGGAGUGCGCAUUCGUUGGAAGUGCCAACAUUGGGGUGUGGUGGCACGCCUAGGUGGGGGUUCCCGCCGCGCCAGCCACCUACGCCCUCUCCUGCCUCCGGCCUCCUUGCCUCCGUCUUGACACCAGAUCCGGGUUGGAGGGGAGGAGGGAGUGCGGUAGAUGCUGCGAAAAUCACCGUUCCUGCUCCCGCCCUGUUGUGGAGCAGACAGUGGAUAGACAACUGCGGUCGAACUGUCGUUUGUUAUGGAGGGAGAACGACAAGAUUACUCGAUUUGCCCCGGGUCGCCUCCUCUAGCCCUGCCGUUUCCGACUUGCAGUCCUACUGGCAGCUAACUAAUAUCCUAGAAAAUGCAUUACUUAAGCAGUACAGUAGGUGAGCUAACUCAUAAAAUGUCGACCGAAAUUCUGAAAUGCGCUUUCGACUUGAAAAGAUUAAUUAAGAAGGGUUGUAAAACUAAGCAUCGUGCAGCAUAAUUCUAUAAUAAAUCAAUUACCUUCAGGAUGCUGCAUGCAAAAACCUAUAAUCCGUAACAAGUACUAGUUAACCAGCAUGCAUUUUUCUCAUUGAUUUCCGAUGCCCUUAACAAGUCAAUUAUAUUUCAUAGCGAAAAUGCAUAGAAAUACUAGCUCGUUUGCUCAGUCUGCAGAAAAUUACGUCUGUUUCCAAUUUUGUACUCGAAGGUAAGGCAUAAUUCGGUUUUCAAAAACUUUUGCAAUUCCCGAAUAAUUUCGAACCCGACCUGCCAUUAAAGUUGGAUUCAGGGUUUCCAAACUGCAGGCCGUAUAUUUUCCACGUACCGAAAACCAUAAAUUUCUCCACGGUAUUGAGAGGAGACCGUGUGGGGUUCAGAAAAUUUAGCAGGGGAUUUGAGCCAUAUAUUUAACUUUACAAGCCACACUGGUAAAUGCAGAAACAUGGCCUUUUAUGAACGGCUAUUUCACGAUAUUAAAAAAUCUCACAAUUAGAAUCUUUCUUAAAACCCAAUCGUACCUUUCCUUCGUGCAUAAAGUUGAAAGGAGGCGUAAUUAUCUACCAAUUGAGCUAAAGAAUGAACAUUUUUAUGCAUGUUUUCCACGAAAUAUAAUUGAAUUUUUAAGGGCAUCAAAAAUCAAUGAGAAAAAUUCAUGCUAUUUAAAUAGUCAUUGUUUACGGAGUUCAGUUUACUAUGCAUCCGGAAAAGAUUUCAUUCGAAAGCCGGCAUCCUGAGGUAACUGAAAUAUUAUAGAAUUAUAUCACAGGCUGACUAGUUUUAUAACCCUACUAAAUUAAUCUUUUCGAAACCGAAACGCAUUUCGGAAUUUCGGUUGACAUUUCAUGAGUUAACCCACUUACUGUACCAUUUGACAAUUGGCAUGCGGGUGGAAUGAACCAUAUUUUUGUCACCAUCCAAGCUCUCUGGUGUUUAAAUAGUCUGCGAGAAGACUUUAAGGCAGCAAGAAUCACGUUAUUUGAGAACAGCCGUCUAGAAUGAGCAUAAAUGCGGAACCUGGACGUAUUGUCUGCCACGGAUGCCGGUUAUACAUUUAUGCGGAAACAUCCACUGGCAGACCUGUUCACGUAAGGACGAAGCACGCCACAGAUGGAAAGAGCCUGAUAUUCAACUACUACUAAAGUCACAUCAGUAUCCGCUGCCCUUGGCAGCCAGUCCUUCACUGAUAGUUCGGCGGUCAGUUCUGACGAUGUCCACCGUGGGCCCCACAGCACGGCGGCAUCAGGCACUGUGCCUUGCGCGUGGAUUAGCUUGUGGUGACGUCAGACUUGCGCUGCAUCUACCGCACUCCCUUCUCCGCUGCCAAGAAAAAUUCAGGAAGACCGAAGACGGCAAGUGACCGGCGUGUCGUGAGCCGGCACAUAGGCGUGUCACUAAAGUCUCUGGUCUAUGCACAAAAGAUCAGGAUUUCAACAGAGCGUCUUUCCCGCUCAGCACCGUUUGGUUGUUCAGCCCGCAUAGUUUCCUGCCAUUAAUUCUGGCUAAAGAAUUUUAUAUAAGCUCAUGGGUGAUGGGGUUUUCGUUUAUGGCUCUUCUAAAUACACCGUCCAAGUGUGGAUUUUUUGUGGCACGUAAUGAGCAAACCGAAUCUGAAAGCUUUUCCUUAUCAGCCAGUCUCUUCAUGGUGCCCUAGGAGGAGGCAACGAGUUACAAGUGAAGUAUUUAUAGAAUUAACGCUUUGGCUGACCCGGUUAAUCCUUUCUUCCUCAUCUGCAAACUAAAACCAGAAAGGUUUUGGAAAUCGAACUUAUGAAGACACUCCUAAUGCGAAGUGGGUUUUGUGUGGUUUCAGUAUGACCUUAUGCUGUCGUAGUAUAUCUUUCAUUUGUUUGUUUGUUAUCGUCUGCUUCGGUAAUAGUAGUACUGGCAACAUGCUAUCUUAAUGCUUUUUUACUCUUCACAUUCCCCCUCGAAGAAAUAACAUACUUUCCAGUUCGGCUUGUUUUUUGUUUUUUAACGCACCCGAUUGUUUGCAUACAUAUCAUUCAGGUGAUUUUCAAAAUAAACUGUCGUUUUGCAGUCCAUCGUAGUCGUAGUUAAAUGAAGACGGCGGAUAUCGUUGACAACUGCGGUCAAACUGUCGUUUGUUAUAGAAGGAGUACGACGGGACUAAUCGUUUUUCCCUGGGUCGCCUCCUCUAGCCCUGCCGUUUCCGACCUGCAGUCCUAGUGGCAGCUAACUAAUAUUCUAGAAAAUGUAUUACUUAAGCCGUACAGUAGGUGGGCUAACUCAUAAAAUGUCGACCGAAAUUCUGAAAUGCGCUUUCGACUUGAAAAGAUUAAUUAAGGAGGGUUGUAAAACUAAGCAUCAUGCAGCAUAAUUCUAUAAUAAAUCAAUUACCUCAGGAUGCCGGCUUCCGAAAGAACUUCUUCCCGGUUGCAUGCAAAAAAUUAUAAUCCGUAAAAAUUACUAGUUAACCAGCAUGCAUUUUUCUCAUUGAUUUUCGAUGCCCUUAAAAAGUCAAUUAUAUUUCAUAGCGAAAAUGCAUAGAAAUACUAGCUCUUUUGCUCAUUCGGUAAAAGGUUACGUCUGUUUCCAAUUUUGUACUCGAAGGAAAGGUAUAAUUCGGUUUUCAAAAACUUUUGCAAUUCCCGAAUAAUUUCGAACCCGACCUGCCAUUACAGUUGGAUUCAGGGUUUCCAAACUGCAGACCGUAUAUUUUCCACGUACCGAAAACCAUAAAUUUCUCCACGGUAUUAAGAGGAGACCAUAUGGGGUUCACAAAAUUUAACAGUGGAUUUGAGCCAUAUAUUUAACUUUACAAGCCACACUGGUAAAUGCAGAAACAUGGCCUUUUAUGAACGGCUAUUUCACGAUAUUAAAAAAUCUCACAAUUAGAAUCUUUCUUAAAACCCAAUCGUACCUUUCCUUCGUGUAUAAAAUUGAAAGAAGGCGUAAUUAUGUACUAAGUGAGCAAAAGAUUGAAUAUUUUAUGCAUGUUUUUCCGGAAUAUAAUUGAAUUAUUAAGAGCAUCAUACAUCAAUGAGAAAAACGCAUGCCAAUUAAGUAGUCACUCUUCACAGAGUAUAUUUUUCGCAUGCAGCUCGAAAAAAGUUCGUUCGAAAGCCGGCAUCCCGAAGCAGCUGAAUUUUUACAGAAUUAAGCUGCAGAGUGCUUGCUUUUGCAACCCCACUUAAUUAAUAUUUUCAAGUCGAAAACACAUUUCGGAAUUUCGAUCGACAUUUCAUGAGUUAGCCAACCUAAAGUACCAUCUGACAGUUGGUAUGUGUGUGAAGUGAACCAUAUUUUGGUGCUAUCCAAGCUCUCUGGUGUUUAAAUGAACCACGAUCAGAAUUUAAGGCAGCAAGAAUUAUAUUAUCCACGAAUUACCGUCUACAGUGAGCAUAAAUGAGGGUCCUGGAGGCAUUGGCGUCCACAGAUGCCGGUUAUACUUUUAAUGCGGAAACAUCCACUGGCAGACCUGUUCAAGUAAGGACGAAGCACGCCACAGAUGGAAAAAGUCUGAUAUCAAACUACUACUGAAGUCACAUCAGUAUCCGCUGCCCUUGGCAGCCAGUCCUUCACUGAUAGUUCGGCGGUCAGUUCUGACGAUGCCCACCGUGGGCCCCACAGCAUGGCGGCAUCAGAGACCGUGCCUUGCGCGUGGAUUAGCUUGUGGUGACGUCAGACUUGCGCUGCAUCUACCGCACUCCCUCCUCCGCUGCCAAGAAAAAUUCAGGAAGACCAAAGACGACAGGUGGCUGGCGUGCCGUGAGCCUGCACAUAGGCGUGUCACCAAACUCUCUGGUCUAUGCACAAAAUAUCAGGAUCUCAACAGAGCGUCUUUCCCUCUCAGCACCGUUUGGUUGCUCAGUCCGCAUAGUUUCCUGCCUUAAAUUCUGGCUAAAUAAUUUUAUAUAAGCACAUGAGUCAGGGGGUUUUUGUUUAUGGCUCUUCUAAAUACGCCGUCCAAGUGUGGAUUUUUUGUGCCACAUUAUGAGCGAACUGAAAUGAACCGAAUCUGAAAGCUUUUUCUUUAGCAUCCAGUCUCUUCAAGGCGCCCUUAGGAGUAGGCAGCGAGCCACAAAUGAAGUAUUUCUAGAAUUACCGUUUUGGCUGACCCGGUUAAUUCUGUCUUCCUCAUCUGCAAACUAAAACCAGAAAGUUUUUGAAAAUCGAAUUUAUGAAGACACUCCUAAUGCGAAGUAGGUUUUGUGUGUUUUUAGUAUGACCUCAUGCUUCUUUGUUAUCGUCUGCUACGGUAAAACUAGUACUGGCACCAGGUUAUUUUAAUGCAUUUUUACUCUUCACAUUCCUCCUCGGAAAAAUAAAAUACUUUCCAGUUCGGCUUGUUUUUUGUUUUUUAACGCAUCCGAUUGUUUGCAUACAUAUCAUUCAGAUGAUUUUCAAAAUAAACUGUCGUUUUGCAGUCCAUUGUAGUCGUAUUUUAAUGAAGUAUCCCAUUCAGUGGGGAAAUGGCCCUGCAAUUUUGGUCGAAAGGCCCGAAUUAAUCAGGCUGGUCUAAAAUGUCGAUUGGACACGGGAAGACAGACCCCCGUAGAACAGGCGACCUUUCUCUAAAGUUAUGGCUGGACUUAGUGCUGAGGUAAGGAGGAUUAGGGCUAUGAUUGGAUUUAUGAUGGUUAGGAUUGACUAAUAGAGUUAUGGUUGGACUUAGUGCUGAGGUAAGGAGGAUUAGGGCUAUGAUUGGAUUUAUGAUGGUUAGGAUUGACACAUAGAAACGAAUAAGCGAGUUCCAGAAAGAAGUCGCGAAGAAGGAUACACGAUUGACGGAGCAAGAGCUUUAGAAGCAUGACGUUUCGGAUUCCCACUUGAGUCUAUUAUCAGAGACAGAGUCAGAUAAGGGAAGUGGGGGUAACAAUCGGGAGAUGACACCCAAAAAAAUCCGUCCAACCUAAGCAGCCUGAUUCUCAAGUCUGAUGAAGUCCAUUAGAUUAGUUUAUAUCGCAUACGCACCAUAGCGGUGGCUCCGCAGCUGUGUAUCCGGAUGUCCAUGUUAAUAAUGGAAGGGUUGGUCCACAGACAUUAUUUCGCAAUUAUCCUUAACUAUGCCUGUUUAGAUGUGGACGCUAGCAUAUUGUAAUUUAUUUUACCGUAGAUUAAACCGGAUAAAGACAACUACGGUUACUGCUCACCUCAUGGGGGCAAUAGUCAAGAAUGAUAGUGUUAGUGUAGGUCUACAGCGAUCGUUUCUGUACUAUCCUAAGGUAUGCGUGGUUAGAUUUAGCUGCAACCCCACUACUGCUGUCACUCGUCAGCCGUGUAAGCCUAGGCCAAGAUAGAUUAACUAUGGCUCGGUCUAUAGAGAUCGCAUCUCAACUGUAGGUCAGCUGAAACUGAGCUCGGGUAAAACAACAAAUAACUAGGACUAUAACCUACUCAAAUAGAUAUAGUAGGCAACGGAUAUUUGGGUGCCAUCUCCCGAUUGUUGCCGAAGUGGGUUGCCCAAGUGUUGCAGUAUUUUUAGGACGUAGUUGCUAGGCCGCCAGAUGCCUAUCAGAGUUGGCAGCUCUAGAGUGCAUCACGGCUUGACUGGCCGGGUGUUGACGUGUGCAUUUUUUCGGCUCCCCAUUAAUCAACAAGCGCAACCACCUCCCCCCUCCAUCUUCGGUGCUGAGACUUUGCCUCGGCAAAGUAGCUAGCCACUCGGACAGCGUGCGGGUGAGCACUGUUCCCGGCGAUAAUGUCAACGAGCCAAACUGCCCAAGAGUCCGCACGGAUGAUGAAAUCCGGCAGUCAGCCUUGCGUGCGGUGACCAUGGCAGCCGAUAAUUUUGGCCGGCACACAGACGCAUAGCAAGGGCGCAGCAACUGCAUACUUCAACGCCUGACCACUCGAACUGUGAUGCACUCGGGAGUUGCCAACUGUGAUAGGCAUGUAGCGGCCCAGUAAAUACAUCCUGUAAAUACUGUAACACCUGUGCAAUCCACUGCCCUUAUCUGACUCUGUCUCUGAGGAUGGAUUCGAGUGAGAAUCCGAAACGUCGGGCUAAUAAGACUCUUGCCCCGGCGAUCGCGUCUCCUUUUUCGCAAUUAGCGUUGGACUUAGGGCAGGGAGGGUCAGGGUAAGUGUUAGGAUUAGUUAACUUAGCGCAAUACCGCUUGUAAUACUCGGAGAGGGGGGAACGGUGUCCACUUUCUCUUCUCCGACCAAAAUGUUUGUCAGACUGCAUAUAAACAAUUAAGAGUUCAGAUAUGACAGGGAGGAGGUCAUUCCGGAUUCCCUAUAGCUGUUGGCGCCUCCUCUCUGUUCCUUGUUCUGGUUAUUUUCCAACGAUUCUCGGUUCCAUUAACUGUGUAAACUCCGAAAAGUCUGUUAAAAUGCCAUCUUUUAAGGAGCGGUCUAAAGCGGAUGCUUACAUGAAGUGCAUGUCAGAGUUUGACGGUGGAUAACGGAGGAGGGUGGGGACGGUCGGUACCCUAGUCGGGAAGGCAGAGGUAGCAGGACAACCUUUACCGCACUGCAGGGGAGCGUACAAACGGCUCAGAAGGCGCGUGGGCAGUUGUCCAGUCAAACGGGUAGUCAGUCGCGCGCCCGGGCUUUGUCCGACCGCGACCAAUCGUUGAAAAGAAAAAAUAUCAACAAUCGUCAGGGUGUCGGCGAGCCGAAGGCUGGGUCAUACAGGGCGCAAGCAGUCUCAACUGGCAAAGGGACUCGGCCGUCGGGGAGACUGUUGCACGCAUAAUUUUCCUCAGAAUCUUGUAUUUAUGGCUCAAUACUGACAUCACCUAAAGUCUUGUCGCAUUUAAUCCGAACGAAAGUAGAUACCGAUUGAUGGGUAUUGUCUGUUCUGGAUGUAAGGCAAUAUUGGUUGCACUCAAAAUUCAAUUUCUCUAUAUUUAUCAUUAUCAUGGAUUAUAACGUGUCUCUUUUAUUCAUUUCUCUGUAUUUGAUUAACUACUCACCAGCAAACCACUUCCUAAUUUCUCAGCUGAUUUCCUAGUAAUUAGUGAGUAAGUGUUGCGCGAAUUACUAUUCUAUCAUUGUUUUUUCUAUUAUAAACACUUCUCGUUCCGUUUUUUUUUAAUAUCCCGAAUGUCAAUCAGAGUGAAAAACAGAAGCUUUUAAAAGUGUCCUGAUAUCUCUGUAGCCUCAGUUUGCAGUAUUGCUAUUUACUGUUUUAGGGCACAUGGAGAAGGUUUAACACAUUUCGUGUGUUCGGGACAAUCAUAUGAAUGCGAAAUGGGGAAUACUGUUUCCCGCGUAGGCGAUUACUUUUUGGAAGGUCCUUCUAGGAAGUCGGGAUGCGUUACCUAAGCCUUAACUGAUUUUGAAAUUACACAGGUCAGACUGAACGCACGUUCAAAUGGCGCAUACACGAGCCUAAACUGGCUGUGCGAAGGGGCGGCAAAUUAUCUCAAGUGGCCGCCCACACCUUUCUAAACGGGCCACGAAGCCAAUUUUGCAGCCACUAAGAUAACAGCUCGUGCUGGAAGUCAGGCGGGCUGAGAGUUGAACGAAGCCUGAGCCUCUGACCAGAACGCAGCCGGUCGAUAUAUUGAUCUGGCACCCGCAUGCAGAUUCCUACUCAGUCACUUCCACACCUGCGACACUGGUCGUUGAUUGACUAAUGACCUCCCCUUGUAGGUAUCGCCUGUUCCGUCGCCGCUUUUACCACUGACGGUGAGUUUCUGUACGUGGACGAAAUCUCAGAAGAAAAUGAACAAAUAGUUCCGGACCUCAAUCAGCCUUCUGUCUCCCCGCCCAAGCUCGGUUCACUUCGAGAAGAUCCUGGGGUAAGAUCGCAGUUGGUAGCCAAACAUUAUACGUUGAUACUGUCGACGUACGUACUUGUUAUCGGUAGGUGUGCUUACCUUUUCUAGGGAACUUGUUAUUAGUCGGUGUGCUCUUACUGAGUUAGGCAGGUCGUCCGUUUCGGUCAGGCUGUUGGGUUUAGUGAGAGUUAGGGUUAGGCGUAGGUUAAGUUUUAGGAUGAGGGUUUGCGUUUUAGGGUCAGGUUUCAGUGUUAGGGUCCGUUAGGUUCCUGUUAGGGUUACGGUUAAGGUUAGGAUUAGGGCUAGGUUUAAUGUUAGGGGUAGGGUUAGGGCUAGGGUUAAGGUUAGGGUUAUGGCUAGGUUUUGGGUUAGCGUUGGGUUUAAGGAUUUUGGUUACAUUUCGGUUUUGAGUUUUAGGGUUAGGCUUUACGGUUGCGGUCAUGGUUGGAUCUUAGGAUUAAGCCUAAGGUUUAAAUUUCUGCCAUUAUUCCACCUACUUCAAACUUCCCAGUACUUUCCCAGGUAACUUUACUUUUACUCAGAAACUCCAGCAUUCCUCUACCAGCCCUUCCAUUUACCCCACCCAUACAACCCCCCCCCCCUCUCCCACCAUUUCCGUACGACAGGUACCUGGCUGUCCGCCUCCCCAUCGCUGGUUACCGACUGCGAUCUAACCGAUCCUUGAAGGCAGGCCUAUUUCUUUAGGUGUCCUCUCCUGCGAAACAGGCUAGUUUGAUACCAGCCAGUGUGAUGGUGCAUAAGUCUACAUCGUAGUGUCACAAUUUGGAAAUGAAUCAGUACUGUCUACGUAGCGGUGCCAGUCUUGUCAAAGGAUUAUUAUCGGAAGAGUGGGUGUAAAGAGGUGCGCUUACGUACUUGUUCACGCAACUGCGCACUUGACUGUAGAGUAAUUUUUUUAGGCAGACGGAGACUGACGGAAAUAAUAGCGACCUUGCAGACACAGACUCGUGACAUUUGUGCGCUUCAAAAGCAUUACAUGCUAAUCAUCUUGAGUGUUCUAUUGCGAGCCCGGUGCGGGGACUCAAAAAAACUGCAGGCUGACUGCAAUGUGCCUCUCGGGAGGGCUCAGACCGACCUUUAAUACCAAGCCGGGGCUAGGGACUAAUACCGAAAUUGCAAGCUGUAAUUCGCGUGACCAGCUUUGCCGUCCGCCACGGCGCGCCCGCUGCCACUCACCGCAGACCCUGUUUCUGGCAUCAGCGUUUUCACGCGUGCAUGGCAUGGCCUACGACUGCCAAGGUCAAAAAGUCUUAUUGGAGAGAGGAGAGAGAGAGAGGGGGGGAGAGUGAGGUCUAGUCACGAAGCCGCACCAUCCAGGCCCUGGCGGACGAGCCCAUCCCUUAGACGUUAGUCAGUGGUGGAACAACGGCAUCCAGGAAUUGGUGGCACAUAAUCAUCGUCAUCAUCACCACCACCACCGCCACCACCAUCACCAGCACAACCACCCUCAUCGCCAUCAACAACAACAGCAACGGCCCCCAGAUGAAGAUCGGUGCAUUAUGCCGAGACCCAACUUUUAACUGUUAUUAUUAUUAUUACGGCUAAAUGGAAUUGACGUUUAAGAACAGAACAAGAGCUGCAUUAUAAUGACCUGUGACCGCGUCGGUGCAUGGAUGACUAAUUAUCACUAGAGAAGCCUUUGAAAGUGGAUUUCUUGAAUAUUGUCGAUUGAUAUUGGCAUAAUCCUCUUUGUCAGGAGGCCGCUCACCGAUCGGUUUACGGAAUUCAUUCGUCCUGUUGUGCCUUAGGGCUCUCUCCCUCGAGCUCGACCAGUAGCCGCACAGCGGCGCAUUAUCUAGGCAGUAUGUUAUUACCGACAAAGACACGGGAGACUGGAAUGGCUAUUUCUGGCCUAUUAACCGUCGUCAGCCAGUCACGCCCAAUCCCGAAGUGCGCAACAUCUGGGGCUCGAUCCCACCACCUGUUGAUUAGAAGUCCAACGCAUCUAGCUACUAAGGCACGGGCUCGUUGUCCUGUAGGUUGCGAUCGGGAAUAUACAGUGGUAGAGGGGCGCUCACCAAGCGUUUGUACGGCACUCACUCGUCCCGUUGUGCCUUGGAUCGCCCUCGGGCCCCUCUCUCGAGUCUAACGAUGUUGCCGGCUGCUUACCAGAGAAUGCUCGCGAGGCGCUAGAAGGAAUGCAUGCGGACAAUGCAUGAAUUAGAUGUCGCGAACGAAAUUCUCAAGGGCGAGUGGAGGCGGAAGCAACCAAUCUUGACAGGGUAACCGAAAAAUUGUAGCAGAACUUAUUGAUACUAAAUGCUGCUUGUAACUUCAUAGCCUGUUGAAGAAACGAGAAGCAUGAAGCAAGUAGUGGAAUUUCCUCAAAAAAUCACUACGAAAACGGCAAGCUCACGGUACAUUUCCCCUCAGUCUGAUCGAGGAAAAGGGGUAAUAGGUGUUUUUGGCGGAUCUGAUUUAUUCAUUUGACCCGGUUGUGAGAAACUCGGCAGUCUCGAUGGAAUUCGAACCUGGUAGUCAUCUGGAGGGGGGGCAACUUGUUCUCUCCCUCCUCAAUCGUAAAUUGUAUGUCCGGGAUGACCGCAUUCAGGUGUUCCUUGAAUGUCAGUAGCUGAUCCCGGUCGAUAACGACGAAGGUGUCAUCCACACACCGGGCCCAGCAUUUCGGUAUGUGGUUUUAGAAGACCAGCGACUCUAACCUUUGCAGGACCGCCUCGGCGAUGAAUGCCGAAAUCGGCGAACCCAUUGGUGUGCCCUUCACCUAUUUGUAGAUUGUCCCGUCGAACGUGAAGUACUUCCUGAGACAGAAUUUCAGGAGUUGAAGAACAUGGACGUGUCCAAGACAAUUCUCCGUUUCAUCGUAUUUGCUUUGUAGAAGCUGCUCGAUUGUUUCAACCCCAGAACCUGGCGAUCGGGCAACUUGACCCAAAUUAGAUUUACCUCACGGCUCUCGAUGGUGCCUGAUAGCUCAGGUGGUUAGAAUGUUGGCUCCACUCAAGCCUUACCCUUGCUGUCUUUGAUCCGAAUUCCACCGAGGGCGCUGUAUUUUUGACAACUCCGCCAAAUGACAAAGGGAUAACUUCAAAAAAACAUAGUAGAUGAAGCAGAGACACAAAGGGUGUGUAAAUUAAGCUCAGAUUGACCACGCUGUCUAGUUGUUUUCACAAGCCAGGUUUCCCCCUUCGUAUAUAAGCUGCCUCAAGGUGGUUCAGUGUCUGAGUUGUUUCUGCACGAAAAAGUACUAGGAAGGUUGUUUUGAGUCAGCAGAGCGACCACUACAAAGGAUUUUGUUUUCCAAACGGUUUUUGGUGCAGACCUUAGGCAGUUGAAAGUUCACACGACAGAUAAACGUUUACAAUGAGACCUGCUUUAACCGCCGGUACUGCAAGCCUGUGUCGGAUCUUCAGUCUCGAUGCGACUGAGUCCGCAAAUGAAUCGAUACACUAUUUCUCCUGAUUCCAAAGGCCAGCACAAUUUUAGCCUGAGUGACCGUUCUGUCGGAAUCGUAAUGUAGAUCUUGUAGACCUCGUGGAAACUUAAAAAGUACAUCAACAUGAUAUCAUGCCGUUGGAACCGAAAGUAAUUUUUACAGGUAGUGUCAUGUAUGCAUAACAGAAGGUUAGAUGUAAACAGGACGUGUACUGAGUAUGAGAGGCAGCACAAGUGGGCAGGCUUGCCGGAACGGCUAGGUAUAUGGCAGGGGGGAACUUCAUAGGCUGAAGGGUGGCCAAUUAGCACAAAGGUCCGAACAGGGUACAUGACCUUGACAGAUCGUUUGUCACGCGCAUGUGGCAUGAUGUUCCGACAGCCCGGACAGCAUAGGCUGCAUCCCUCCACCCCAAAGUGGACAGCAUAGGGAGGAGAGAGAAAACACUUACCGUGUCCGUUCGGCUGCGAACUUGGUCCAGAUGUCGACGCACAAUUCUCCCAUCUUCUAACUCUAAUCCCACUAUUUGCCCUUCGUUUGUUCAAAAUACCGCUGGACACCAGUUCGUUUCGUGUUUUAGUCGCGUGUAGACAUUUUCGUUCGGCGCGACGUCUCGGUGGUCGAGUUUUCACAUCAUAUGGUGCUUUCAUCUUCGUCUGUUUUUCGAUGACUAUAUCAUGCGUUGAAGGAUUAAGCAGGUCGAGUCGCUUGAACAUCAGUUCUGCAGGCGAAACGCUGGUUGGGUCGUUUGGUGUUAUGCGAUAGCUGAACAGAAAGCGUGACAACUUGGUGGCCGAGCCCGCUUCCGUCUGUUUGGCUAGUCCGCGCUUUAUCGUCUGAACUGCACGCUCUGCGAGGCCAUUAGAAACAGCGUGGUGCGGAGCAGUGGUUAAAUGCCUUAUUCCAUUUUACCCCGUGAAUUCUUUAAAUUCUGCACUAUUAAAGGCGGGGGCAUUGUCUGAAACGACCAUUUCAGGUAUCCCAAAGUAGAAAAAACAGUUCGCAGCUUGUCGAUUGUAGUCAGUGAAGAACAGGAAUUUCCUGUCGGAAUCGCAUCAAUCCAUUUGGUGUAGGCGUCAACCACCAGCAAGACCAUAUGGCCUCGGGAUGACCCAAAAUAAUCGACGUAUACCCUCUUCAACGGUGAGUCGAGCCAGACCCAAGGCUUCAGAGGCCCCUUCGGUAAGGUCUUCUGCGUUAUCUGACACACGUGACAUGCUUUCACCAGAUUUUCGAUGUCUGCGUCAAUUUUGGGCCACCAAACAUAGCUGCAGGCCAGAGCUUUCAUUUCAACUGUACUAUGAUGAGCAUUAUGCAGGUCCCUUAGGAUGGCCCGUCGGCCUUGUGGUGGUACAACUACACGAUUGCCCCAUACUGUGCAUUCGUUUAGUGGACUCAACUCGUUCUGACGACUGAAGAAUAGCUGAAAAUCAGUUGAACUUGAGGACAGCCAGCCAGAUUGUAGGGACCUUUUUACCCGACUUAAAAGAGGGUCUCUCGAUGCCCACUGUCUAAUUUGUUGACAGGUUACAGGUGCGUUGACUAGGUUCUGCAAAAGAUUCACGGCAGCAUGUGCUGCAGAUAGAAUACCUGGUGGGGAGUGCAAUGCGAAGUACUAAACUUUCGCUGCCAGAAAACGGGGUAGGACUGCCUUUUGUUGCCUCCUAAUCAGGACCUGAAAACAGGAACCGCAUUCGAUGCGGGUGGCUUCGAGCCAACUUCCAGUGGAAUCAGGGCUACAUUUAGGGUUAGGGUCAAGUUUAAGAUUAGGUUUUAGGCUAGGUUUCAAGUCGACGGCAACAUAAGCCAAGAUCAAGUUUUGGGUCAAGGUAGGAGUUAGUGUUAACUACAGUGUUAUGUUUUGGGUAGGGUUAGGACCAAGACUAGGGCAACUGUUUAAUUUUGUAUUAAGGUUAUUGUUGGUGUUAUGAUACGGUGAUAUUUUGUCCUUUCCGGAAUUAUACGCAGAUCCACCUUUACUACUUGGGCGGACGUACCUGUUUCCAUGUCCUGUUUAGGGGGGCCACAUAAGUCAGCCCCACCGAGGAAGGUUGCUCGUCGCAUGAGUCAGACUAUCGGUAUAUUUUCAUGCCUGACGGCUGGGCUUAAAAUUAUGCAAUGGUAGCUCACUCAGACGUUUGAUAAGCCUUCUGUAGUGUCCUAGACUGUUGUUGCGGUUUGUGGAAGGUUCCUCGUACUCUGAAGGCAUCCCGUCUCAGACUGCAGAAACCAAGUACGUCUGGUCUCCCGAGGGAUUACGGCACCCCUCCCCCUCCCCCUGCGUACGCAUCAGUGUGUGUGUGUGGCUCCCAAAACGGGUAAUGCGGGCGAUGCACUGGACCAACAUGGAGACCGCACUGGAUUCCGACAGGCGUUGUCGGCGAUGCUCACCCAACAUUCGGGGUGUGGUGGCAUGUCCAGUUGCCGGUCCAUGCCCCGUCAACUGGGAUUCUUGCCGCCCCACCCCCCUCCAUUAUUGUUGUUGGUUAAAAUCCUAGUCAAGCGUCAGUUGUGGACCAGGGAGCAUGGAGUGGUAAGCCUAGGUGCAGGUCCGGCCGCGGCAUCUGCCUGCGCCCUCCCUCACCCCUGAUCUCCUUGACUCUGUCUUGACACCGGACCCAGGUGGGGGAGGAGGAUAGAGCGCGGCAGUUGCAGCGCAAGUCUACUAUCGUUAUAAAAGAAAUCGCACGCAAAUCAUCUCGCCUGCUCCCACCUCGGUGGGAAUCGCCGGGCAAGACGGUCGGACUGACGUGUAAAUCAAAGACCUGAACUGGACUUAAUGGGCAUUGGCGCUGAAAAAACGCCAUUUUCUCCGUAGAAAUAAGUCACGAUACCGCGUGACCAAAGAAGUCAUAUGGGCUUUUGCUAUUCAUUGAUGCAGUGACUUGUUCAAUCGUGUUUACACCCGUCGUGGUGCGUUCGUUGCUUUCACAAUGACCAUGUGUGAGCGGCCUUCUUCAGCGGAGUCAGGAAGUGAGCGAGUGUUUAUCUAGGAGGACUAAACAGACGCAUAUUAUUAUUAUUAGUCACAAACCGCUCAUCUCAGAGACCUCGUCGAGUUCAGUCAGCCAAAAACGCGAGAUCCCGAAGCUAAAGUCAGGAGGUGGAAGAUGACUAGCAACAUUUUUUACGACCGGCGUGCAAUCGGUCGAUGAAUAAACGGUGGGGAACAAUAAUCACCUGAGCCAAUCAGUUACGUGGAAAUUAUUGAUUACUGUGGUCAUAGUCGUGUGCAUCAGCAGGGCCUGACGCGCGUGAGCGCUGCGCGGCCAUGCGGUGAGGUGAGUUUGAAGACUGGGCCCAAAGCUGCAAAUGAAGUGUGCUGUAGCCCAGGGUUCUGACUUUCCUUCUUCACGAGGCAUGUAUUAACGAGUGUGCAAAUAGGGAGAGUAGGCUGGACCGCCAGUUUUUUGGCUUGUUUGCCAUCAUCAGUGGCCUGGUGCGCACCAAUUGCAGUCUUGUUCUCGGCAAAGCGCGUCUGUCCAAACUGGCCAAUCAUCUUCGAAUCUGACUCAGACAUGACCUUGCUGAGGGCGCUACACGACCGUCCCCCCCUGUCUCACACUCACGGACGUCAAUCUCGCAGCGUCGAACGCGCCCUUGUCCAACUGCCAACUGCUAUCAAUUAUGCGCAGGUUCACCUUUACCACUUGGGCGGGACGUACCUAUUCCCAUGUUCUGUUUGGAGGGUCACAUACGUCAGUCCCACCAUCCGCCCUUACUCUAAUCCCAGUGUCUGCGAGACUUUCUGUUGGCAGAAACUAUUUAACUUUUCUGGCCGAAAGACUGCCAGACCAACAAUACCUUCUCAUAAGACAGCCAUGAAAUCCUAUGCGUUCGUAUCGGCUUCAACCGACUGAAAAAUUCUUCACUUUUAUUUCAAGAUGGACUGGUAA